GCUCCACGCUAUCAAAACGAGACCUCCUUUUGGCUUUUAUUAUCUUUGUUCUUAUCAAAACACAAUCACACUAACCGAACCACCAUUCGCGAUUCUCACCGCCAUGUCCCUCGAGCUCGCCAACAAGGUUGCCUUCAUCACGGGCGCCGGUGCCGGUCUCGGCCGUGCCAUCUCCGAGCUGUGCUUUGAGCGGGGCUGCAGCGUGUUUCUGACGGACGUGAAUGGCGCCUCGGUGAAGGAGCUGGCCGCCACGCUGAACGCCGGCAAACACGCCGUGGAGGGUCAGCGCGCGGUGGCGGCAGCGCUGGAUGUGUCGAACGAGCAGCAGUGGCCGACGGUGGUGGACGCGUGCAAGAGCACCUUUGGCCGCAUUGAUGUGCUGGUAUGCAACGCUGGCAUCAUGAUCAUGUCCGACUUGGAGAGCACGACGCUGGACCGUUGGAACAAGAUUAUGAACAUCAACACACUCGGUGUGUUCCUCGGCAUCCGCACUGUAGCCCCGCUGAUGAAGGCGCAGGGCGGUGGCAGCAUCGUCUGCACUGCUUCUACGGGCGCCGUGCGCGGCGGUGCUCGCCUUGGUGUUUACUGCGCCAGCAAAGGUGCGGUGCGGAUGCUGUGCAAGUCAUUCGCGCUGGAGCUGAUCCCCUUCCACAUUCGCGUCAACAUGGUGAGCCCCGGGCCGUGCGAAACACCGAUGGUGGGCCGCAUGGCUACCGAGUUACAGCAAAAAGCAGACUGCAUCGGCGAGGCCUCUCCCAUUGGACGUCUCGCCCAGCCGCGUGAAAUUGCGGAGGCCGUCGUGUUUCUCGCGUCGGACCGCGCCUCGUACAUGGUGGGUGCAGACGUGGCCGUGGACGGUGGAAACACAUGCGGCCUGACCGGCAAGACCCCCUUGUGA